GGAUGCCGUCUGAAACUGCACAAUCUAUUUGCAGCAUACUGAUGGGAAAUAUCUUAGUAAUGUUCCCACGACUUCGGUUUUGUUUCGCACACGGCGGCGGUGCAUAUCCAAUCAUUAGCGGACGAGUUUCGCAUGGCUACAAGAUCUGGAUUCGCCCCACCGUAACUUAUUACGUCUUAACUAGCCGAACAUGUCAGGUCCGUCCCGAUUUAUGCGCAACAGACUGCUCUGUGAGUCCGCAGGAGCUACAGCGACAAAUUUGGACUGAUUCUCUUGUUCACGAUCCUCUCGCACUCCAUCUCCUUUUGAAAACCGUUGGGAAGGAUAAGGUUGUGCUCGGCACGGAUUAUCCUUUUCCUUUGGGCGAAUUGGAAGUUGGGAAGGUUGUGGAAGAGUUCAAUGCGUCCACCGAUAUUGACAAGGAUAAACUUCUCUGGAAAAACGCAGUCGACAUGCUCCGUCUGAAUGAGAACGCUCUUUACAAUGAAUCAUUUUGAAU